AUCCGUUUCUGUAUCCAUUGAAACUGAAUAAAAAAAUGCAGAAGGACUUUUCACUGUUGAUGGAUUUGAUGUUAAGAAGAAAGCUAGUACAAUUCUGGAUGCGGAAACUUCCGUCGGGCCUUACGAGUUGACAUUCAGAGCAACAGAUGGAACGCACGAUGAUGUAAGCGCAAUGCUAACAAUAAAUAUCAAUGAUGUGAAUGACAACAAACCGGUGUUCACGCAAAAAAAUCCAACUGCCAUUAUUGGAGAAACUGCAGAUAUAGGUUAUGUUGUGACAACCGUUGCAGCCACGGACGCUGAUAUAAGCAACCCAAGUAACGAAAUGUUUUAUUCGCUGUCCGGCGACGGCUCCGAUGACUUUAAUAUCGAUAACAGUGGAAAGGUAACUGUCGCUGCAGCACUGAACUUUAAAUCUAAGAAAGUAUACAGCUUGACUGUAACAGCAGAGGACAGCGACACCAAUCCCCAGACGGAAACCACGACUCUUACAAUUAAUUUGAAGACUGGGCCGAAAUUUACGGAACCUGUAGAUGGAGACACACUGACGAUAAAAGAAACGAAAACCUCUAAUGGAGCUGUUGUAAAACAAUUAACAGCUACGGAUGAAGAUGGUGACACAGCACUCACUUUCGAAGUUAUUUCUCAGAGUCCAGAAAAUCCAACAAUGUUUGAAAUAGAGGAUGCCAACCUUUUGAUGUCAGAUGCGGUGGAUGUGGAUGAAGUUGGUGCUGUUACAGAAUAUGCAUUAAGGCUGAAGGUUUCUGAUGGAAGACUGUACACGGAAAAUAACGUAAUUACUGUGACGGUUGACAUAUUAGAUUCAAACGAACCACCUACAUUUGAUCAAUCUAAAAUCUCGACAAUACUUAAAGAGUGGGAGAAGGAAGGAGACACAGUGUAUACCAUAAAAGCAAAAGAUGUUGAUAUAACAGAAUCAUUCGGCCAGUCUUCUCUUAAAUACUCCAUGACAGGAACACUACAUUUAGAAAUUGACCCGGACACAGGAGAGAUAAAGGUUGCUCCAGGAGUAGAACUUGAUUUUUCGGUGAAUGAAAAAUACACAGUAAUAGUAACGGCAACGGACGGUGGAGGUCUCAAAGAUUCGAUUGAAAUAUUUUUCCAAGUUGUUACCGGUCCUGUGUUUAAUGCACCAAUGGAUAAAGAAGAGAUCAAAAUAGCAGAAAAGGACACGAAAAAAGAUGCUAUUGUAUAUGUUCUUACAACAUCUGACAAAGACAAUGAUGCAGAAAUGACAAUUGAAAUUGUUGAGCAGGCUCCAACAGAACCGAAAAUGUUUCAUAUCAUCAAUAACAACCAGCUUGUUAUAACAGAGGAUGUUGAUGCAGAUGCACAAAAUGCAGUUUUAUCCUACGAUAUUACGUUAAAAGUGUCAGAUGCCAAAGACGACACGCGAGACAGCUCAAUUACCGUGACCAUUAAGAUUGAAGAUUCGAACGACGAACCUCCAAUAUUUGAAAAAGAAAAAUACAGUACUGAAGUUACAGACUCGAGCAAACCUGGAACUAUUGUUAUAACUGUGACAGCCACCGAUAAAGACAUAACUGAUGUCUAUAGCACACUUCACUACGUUUUGUCUCAAGCAAGUGACGACGCUGACGAUUUUACUGUAAAUAAGACAAGUGGAGCUGUAGCUGUUGCGAAGGGUUUGGACUACGACAGAAAGAAGUCAUACAGCAUAACUCUUUUAACCGUAGAUGGUACAACAGACCCAUUAUCAGAUGGCACAACCAUAGACAUAAAAAUUGUUACAGCGCCACAAUUUGAAAACCUCAAAGAAGAGAUGACUGCAGAGGUGGAUGAAAACUCUGCAAAAAAUACAAUUGUAUAUAAGCUACAGAUAAGCGACAAGGAUCAAACGGCUGAAGGAACUUCUAUAACAACCACUAUAUAUAGUCAAACACCUGACGAAGGCCUGUUCGAACUAGAUGGUUUAACAUUAAAAACGAGCAGAACCGGUUUAGAUGCAGAAAAACAACAAACUUACACCUUGAUAUUCAGAGCGAAUGACGGCAAGCAUGAAACAACCAGUGCGAACUUGACCGUGAAAGUAAAAGAUAAAAACGACGAAUAUCCAAAGUUCGUCCCUGUGGAAGAUGUGACUAUUGAAGAAAAUAAAGCAACAUCGGGGCUUGAAUCAGAGAUCAUUGUAAUCAAGGCAAACGAUGAAGACGUCACUAAUCCAAAUAACAAAUUAGCAUAUUCAAUAACGGAUGGAAACGAUGAAAAUCUAUUUGCAAUAGACAGUGACACAGGAAUAAUGAGAUUGGUAAAGACACCAGUUUCUAUGACUAAAAGUGAACACACGUUGACAAUCAAGGCGGUAGAUGGUGGCUUACCAAAACUCGAAGCCUCAACAAGUGUAAAGAUCAUCAUCAACGAUAAAAUUGUUGAAGAAUGUACAUCGACAUUGUGCAAGAAUGGCGCUACGUGCAUGUCGUUCGUUAAUGCCUACUCCUGUAAAUGUGUGCUUGGAUUUGAUGGUACACAGUGUGAAAAUAAUAUAAAUGACUGUACACAAGAUUCUUGCAAAAACGACGGUCAGUGUAUUGAUGGAAUAAACAGCUUCAUGUGUGAUUGUCAAGAAGGUUGGACAGGAAGUACAUGCGCAGAAGCUUGUAACAACAACAAAUAUGGACGAAAUUGUGCUAAACCUUGCUCAUGUAACGAAAACGGACUUGGAAAUGUUGGAAGUCAAAUGUGUCAUGUCCAAAAUGGAGAUUGCUUUUGCAAUCCCCACUGGCGAGGGAAAGAAUGCGAUAGAGACAUCGACGAAUGUGAGGAGAAUCUACAUAACUGCAACAGCGCGGCUAAUAAAAUCUGCAAUAACACUCUUGGAGGACACAGUUGUGUAUGUCAACAAGGGUUCAAUGAAAACAACGACGGAAGUUGCACACGAAGGCCUCCAGCAGAAGUGAUCCUAGGAGUUGGUGAAUUUCCCGUGACAAUAGUUAUAAGAAUUAAUAUACCUCGUCCUUGUCCAAAUUUAAGGAAUCCUAGUGUGUACCGGUCAGAAGAAAGCAGAAUAAUUAAGCUGAUCCUUGGCCGGACAGUAGCAGUACGCGUCAUCGUUCAUUUUAUCAGCUGUGGUUCUUUGGUUUAUGAAGCCACUGUUGUCGUAAACAAUACAGAAAGCGCCAAAGCAGAGCUAGCAAAUGAUCUCCAGAAUAUAAGAGAUGACGGGAUACUCAACCUUGAUGGAGAGAAUGUGACAGUAACAAAUCUCACUGUAGAAAACAGAGAAGUAACGCCAUUAUCACAGAGUUCUGGUGGUAUGGAGGAAAGAGUUUGCUCCGUGUAUACCUCGUACAUUCAGUGCGCUUCAGAUGAGAAGUGCAAGUACGAGAAUGGAGUGGCCUCAUGCAAGAUAGUUGCAGUUGGUAAGUAAACCGUACAUGCACAACAUUCUAGGCCCAAACGUUCUACUUAAGUUAUACUUGGAUAAAAUCAUCUAUUGUAUACGUUUACAUUUUCAAACGAUAUUUCAGUGAUACUAGAAUAAAACAUCUAUCGUGUACGUUUUCUUUUUCAAACGAUAUGUCAGUGAUACUCGGAUAAAGCAUCUACCUUCUACGUUUUAGUUUUUCAAACGAUAUGUAAGUUAUACUUGGAUAAAGUAUCAAUUGUGUACGUUUUAUUUUUCGAACGAUAUGCCAGUUAUACUUGGAUAAAGCAUCUAUAGUGUACGUUUUAUUUUUCAAACGAUAUGUCAGUUAUACUAGGAUAAAGUAUGUAUUGUGUACGUUUUAUUUUUCAAACGAUAUGUCAGUUAUGCUAGGAUAAAGCAUCUAUCGUGUACGUUUUAUUUUUCAAACGAUAUGUCAGUGAUACUAGGAUAAAGUAUCUAUCGUGUACGUUUUCUUUUACAAACGAUAUGUCAGUCAUACUGGGAUAAAGCAUACGUCUACGUUUUCUUUUUCAAACGGUAUGUCAGUUAUUCAUGGAUAAAGCAUCUGUCGUCUACGUUUUAGGAUAAAGUAUCUAUCGUCCAAGUUCUAUUUUUGAAACGAUAUGUCAGUUAAACUAGGAUAAAGCAUAUAUCGUGUACGUUUCCUCUUUCCAACGAUAUGUUAGUGAUACAAGGAAAAAGCAUUUAUCGUCUACGUUUUAUUUUUCAAGCGGUAUGUCAGUUAUUCAUGGAUAAAGCGUCUGUCGUCUACAUCUUAUUUUCAAACGAUUUGUCAGUGAUACUAGGAUAAAGCAUCCAUCUUCUACGUUUUCUUUUUCAAACGAAAUGUCACUUAUACUUGGAUAAAGCAUCUAUUGUUUACGUUUUAUUUUUCAAACGAUAUGUCAAUGAUACUUGGAUAAAGAAUCUAUUGUAUACGUUUUAUUUUGCAAACGAUAUGUCAGUUAUACUUGGAUAAAGCAUCUAUCGUCUACGUAUUAUAUUUCAAGCGAUAUGUCAGUGAUACUAGGAUAAAGCAUCCAUCUUCUACGUUUUCUUUUUCAAACGAAAUGUUAGUGAUACUUGGAUAAAGCAUCUAUUGUUUACGUUUUAUUUUUCAAGCGAUAUGUCAGUGAUACCAGGAUAAAGCAUCCAUCUUCUACGUUUUCUUUUUCAAACGAAAUGUCAGUUAUACUUGGAUAAAGCAUCUAUUGUUUACGUUUUAUUUUUCAAACGAUAUGUCAAUGAUACUUGGAUAAAGAAUCUAUUGUGUACGUUUUAUUUUGCAAACGAUAUGUCAGUUAUACUUGGAUAAAGCAUCUAUCGUCUACGUAUUAUUAUUCAAGCGAUAUGUCAGUGAUACUAGGAUUAAGUAUCUAUUGUGUAUGUUUUCUUCCAACGAUAUGUCAGUUUUAUACUUGGAUAAAGCAUCUAUCGUCUGCGUUUUAUUUUUUCAAACGAUGUGUCAGUUAUACUAGGAUAAAUUAGCUAUCGUGUACGUUUUCUUUUUCAAACGAUAUGUCAUCGAUACUAGUAAAAAGCAUCUAUUGCCUACGUUUAUUUUUCAGACGGCAUGUCAGUUAUACUAGGAUAAAGUAUCUAUUGCCUACGUGUCCAUUUUUUCAGACAUUAUAUCAGUAAUACUUGGAUAACGCAUGUAUUGUCUGGUUGCAGAAUAAUUGUCUUACAUAAUCUUACAGAAUUAUCCUUUAAAAAAGAAUUAAUGUUUCGCUUGUUCUGUUUCAGACAAUCUGACAUUGAUUCUUGGAUUAGGUCUGGGAUUACUUCUGCCAUUGCUAUUAGGAACAGUAGUCGCUAUCACCGCCUGGUUUGUGAUGAAAAGGGCAAAAUUGAAUAAAAGAAAACAGAGGAAACGGUACGAUAUGAAGUCGUCUUUCAGUGGGGAGAGACAGUUUCCAACUAGAUAUUACGACAACGCUCGGUACAGCAACAGCAGUUUAUACAGCCUGUCAGAAUACCAUGACAUGCCUGCAGUUGAUGUCGUCAAAUAUGGACAACAUCAGUACCGCUAUUAACCCAAGACGAUUCGAAUAAAAACAUCAUGGACAAAUCAACAUUUUGAACACACAAAGAAAUGAUGAAAAUAGAAUAAUAAAAAGGGAGCAGAUCUGAUAAACAGAAACGAUAUAGUGACUAAUUUUCAUUCCCCAUCCAAACGAGUUUUGGGUUAUAUUUGAUCUGCACCACUAGGGAAUGUAUUGUAACUUGAUUCAACGUUAAAUGGCAAAGAUAUUAUCUCCCUUUAUGUAUAUACUUUUUGAACUUUGUUAAACAAUCAAGAACCAUUUCCCUGUACAGAGUAAUAAAACGAACUUUGAUUUAUAUAUUCAAUUUGUCUACGCACUAACAUUAAUGCUGAUGAAACAGUGCAUAGUGCAGACGUUAGUACUAUAUAAACAAAUAUUUUUCUCAUUUAGCUCAUCUGAUUUCUUUUUUUUUUUUAAAUGAUGAGUUAUUGUCAUCACUUGAUCGGCGUCGGUGUCAGCGUCAGCGUUGGCGUUGGCGUUUCCUAGUACAGUUUUAGUUUAGGUCAGAUUUCUCCUAAACAAUUGCUUUAAACUUGCAACACUUGUUCACCAUCAAUAGCUGUCUCUGUACAGAAAGAAACAUAACUCCAUCCUGCUUUUUGCAAGAAUUAUGACCCCUUUUGGACCUAGAAAAUCUCAGAUUUCUCGGUUAAGUUUUGUGUUUAGGUCAUUUUUUCUCCUUAACAGCCAAAGCUAUUGCUUUAAAACUUGGAUCAGUCAUUUGCCAUUAAAACCUGACUCUGUGCAGCAAAUAUCGCAACUCUACACUGCUUUUUGCAAGAAUUAUGGCCCCUUUUGGACCUAGAAAGUAUCAGAUUUCUUGGUUAAGUUUUGCUUUUAGAGUCAACAUUUCUCAUUAACGGUCAAAACUAUUGCUUUAAAAUUUGGAGCAGUCAUUUGUCAUUAAAAGCUGACUCUACAUUGCUUUUUGCAAGAAUUAUGGCCCCUUUGGGCCCCUUUUGGAAAAUAUCAGAUUUCUUAGUUCAGCUUAUUUCCUAAACUAUCAAUGCUGUUGUUUUAAAAUUUGCAACACAUAACUCCACGCUGCUUUUUGCAAGAAUUAUGGCCCUAUUGUAUAACUCCAUCCUGUCUUUUGCAAGAAUUAUGGCCCUAUUGGAUUUAGAAAUUAUCAUUAAAACAACCGGGUAGGACAGUAUCUCUAUUAUACAGAGACAAAAAUAUUCAGAUGAGCGUCUGCAACCGCAAUGCGGUGCUCUUGUUUUUACGCAUAAUAGCCUUGUAUUUUUUUUAAUUGCCAUAACAAUAUAAUAUAAUGGACUUUGAAGGAUACAUUACGUACCAAUUGUUACCUGUACUACCUUUUUAAAUCAAUAACGGUUAGUGCCUCUUCGAGUCUGAACAAGUAAAUUUUGUGUGUUCAAAGCGUAAUGUCGUUGUGUCUUAAAGUGAUAACAUCGUAAAUUUUAGAAGGAACAUUAUUUUAUAAAAUUCAUCGCUAAUGUAUCAUACUUACAUGCUUCUAUAGCUAUUGUUGUUUUAAUCAUUCUAUGUUAGCUUUGUCGCUCUUCAUUCAACUCUUGUUUGUUAGUGAAAAGAGACAACUUUUAUCUCGUAAAAUACAAAUCUACUUGCUAGAUUUCCUAACAAGAGAACUUCAGCUCUCAUUUUUUACAUGUAACAUACUACUACAUUUGUAAUAUAUAUGUACUCGUGUAUACAUAGUAUAGCUUUUAUAUUUUUCUUCCUAGAACAUCCUAUUUUUAUAUGCUUUUUUUGCUUUGUGACUUUCACGUUUUUAUUAAAAUUGUAUUAUUUUAUAUCACCCUCUUUACAGUUGACAUUCUCUUUUAUUGUCAAAUGAACUUGUGAUUUGUUUCCUUGUUAAUUUAAAGAUUAGAAGUAUUUGGUUUAGUGUUGUUCGUGACAUCUUAAUAUUACAAUUAAAAAUUUUAGUUGUUUUUUUGUUACUGAAGAGUCUCUAAUAUCGGUUGCAUAAAAGAUGUAUUCUGGAAUUGUAUCCUAACAUGUUAAUAGUGUGCAAGAUACUUAAAGUAGAACUAUAUCCUUAGAAAGGAACAACACAAUAUGCAAAUGAGAUAUAGUUCAAAACAAAUUGGACGAAGCAAUUCAAUUGUGCCUUUCAAACAAAAGUGUAUAACGCAAUUCUCUACGAAUCUGAAUUACUGUAUAUUUGUAAUAUAGCUACACUCAACAAAAUUCCUAAUCGGUCACUUUAUAUUGUACUGUUAUUUUGUUAAUAAUGCAUGUAUUCACAUGAAAUUUCACAUACCGACAUUUGAAUAGGUACUGCAGCUAAUUAUUGGGUUUGACUCACGGCCAAAGUAACCGCAUUAGGCGUUUUGACCAAUAUUGCAUAUUUUGCACGUGCAGGGCAUGUGUACCAACAUGCACGUGUUCGUUUACACUUUUGGCAUUACUGACGAAAGACCUACUAGAAAAACACACAUCAUUGUGAAAUAGCCACAAGAGCAACGCGAUCGAGCUGUCGGAAUGUUGCUAGCCGGGGCACAUUUACGACACGUGUGUAAUUAUUUUUGCAGUUUUGAUAUAACUUGCUUGUAUCUGUUACUUUGAUGGUUAUUUCCAUUUUUAACCUUAUUUCCGUUUACAAGAACCUUCAAUCGUUGGUUAUCUACCAUCCGCGCUCUUUUGUCGAAAUUUAACUAAAGUACAAUUCAAUGAAGCGACCGAUUUUGAAUUUUGUUGAAAGAUUCCGACAGCCCGGGCGCGUUGCUCUUGAGUCAAUUUCACGAUAAUAUGUGUUUUUCUAGUAGGACUUUCGUCAGCAAUGCCAAAAGUGUUCAUGAACACAUGCAUAUUGGUGCACAUGCCCUGCACGUGCAAAAUAUGCUAUACUGGUCAAAACGCCUAAGGCGGUUACGUUGGUCGUGAGUCGGCCAAAAAAAAGCAAACAAUAAUUUGCUGCAGUACCUUUUCAAAUGUCGGUAUGUGAAAUUUCUUGUAAAUACAUGCAUUAUUAACAAAAUAGUAACACCAUAUAAACUGACCGAUUAGGAAUUUUGUUGAGUGUAUUUGCGGGAUUUAUUAAUUAUUAGUUUUUACUGAUAAAAUUUAUCUGUUUUUAGCUCACUGACCAGGUGAGUUUUUGUGAUCGCACUUCGUCCGGCGUCCGUCGUCCGUCCGUAAACUUUUACUUUAAACGACAUCUCCUCAUAAACCGCUAGGUCAGUUUCAAACAAACUUCACAGAAAUGUUUCUUGGGUGAAGCUCUACGAAAAUUGUUCAAAGAAUUGAAUUCCAUGCAGAACUCUGGUUGCAAUGGCAACCAAAAGGAAAAACUUUAAAAAUCUUCUUCUCAAAAACCAGAAGCCCUAGGGCUUAGAUAUUUGGUGUGAAGCAUUGCCUAGUAGACCUCUAUUAAGUUUGUUCAAAUCAUGACCCCGGGAUUAAAAUUGACUCCGCCCGAGGGGUCAUAUGAUUUUAUAUAGGAAAAUCUUAAAAAAUCUUCUUCUCGAAAACCAGAAGCCCUAGAGCUUAGAUAUUUGACUUGUAGCAUUGCCUAGUGGACCUCUACUAAAGUUGUUCAAAUCAUGACCCCGGGGUCAAAAUUGACCCCGCCCCAGGGGUCACUUGAUUUUACAUAGAUUUCUAUAGGAAAAUCUUCAAAAAAAAAAAAAAAAAAAAAAACAGAAUGCCUAGAGCUUAGAUAUUUGACAUGUAGCAUUGCCUAGUUGACCUCUACAAAAUUUAUUCAAACCUGACCCCCGGGGUCAAAAUUGACCCCGCCCCAGGGGUCACUUGAUUUUACAUAGAUUUCUUUAGGAAAAUCUUCAAAAAAAUUAAAAAGUAAACCAGUAUACCUAGACCUUAGAUAUUUGACAUGUAGCAUUGCCUAGUGGACCUCUACAAAAUUUGUUCAAACAUGACCCCCGGGGUCAAAAUUGACCCCGCCCCAGGGGUCACUUGAUUUUACAUAUUUUUGGAUAUUUGACAUGUAGCAUUGACUAGUGGACCUCUACAAAAUUUGUUCAAAUCUUGACACCCAGGGUCAAAUUGACCCCGCCCCAGGAGUUACUUGACUGUGCAAAGGGAAAUCUUCAUAAAUUUGUUAAAAAUAAACCAGAAGGCCUAGAGCUGAGAUAUUUGAUAUGUAACAUUGCCUAGUAGACUUCUACAAAUUAGUUUAAAUCAUGACCCCCCACCCCCGGGUCAAAUUGACCCUGCCCCAGCGGUAACUUAAUUGUACAUCGGAAAAUCUUCAAAAAAUUUCUGAAAAUAAACCAGAAGGUCUAGAGCUUAGAUAUUUGACACGUAGCAUUGCCUAGAGGACCUCUACAAAAUUUAUUCAAAUCAUAACCCCCGGCAUCAAACUGGUCCCGCCCGAGGGGUUACUUGAUUGUACAUAGGAAAAUCUUCAAAAAAAUGUCUAGAAAUAAACUAGAAGGCCUAGAGCUUAGAUAUUUGGUGUGUAGCAUUGCCUAGUGGAUCUCUACCAAGUUUGUUCAAAUCAUGACCCCGGGGUCAAGCUUAAAUGCAAAUCUUCAUACCAACCAUUUAACCAGGUGAGCGAUAUAGGGCCAUCAUGGCCCUCUUGUUUUGUAAAGUCGGUUCAACAUGUUUUUUCUGUAUUCACAAUUCUGUAUACAAUGUAUAUAUGUUCUUUCUGAAAACAACAAAAUAAUUCUAAGAUGACAUAUGUUUUGUUGAUACUGUCUUUGAUGAAAACGACGGAUAAACAAAUAAUAUAUAUUCAGUAAUUUUGAAAAACCGCGGAAAGAUGAAAAGAACAAUAUGAAGGCAUUUCCAUUAUGGCCAGUAUAAAAGUAAAUUCAUACUGCUUUAUUAGAAUCUCAGUAUGGUAGAAACUAGCCGACUAAACUUCUCUAUCACAUGAAAGUCAUCUUGAAACACUGCAUAGAGUUGUUAAUACAUUUCAAAAUGUGUAUAUCGUGGUAUCUCGUAAGUUUCUCACACAGAGGUUUACGAAAAAAUUGAUAUAUAGUGUUUAUGAAAAUUGUAGAUAUAUUUACCCGCUGAGCAUUAUAUCUGAUCAUUAUAUAGCAAAACAGUCACCUAUAAAUACUCGACUGUCCAGUACAAUCAUACUUUCAUUAGAAAAUGCUAUAAAUAUUAGCCUAGUUUGAUCAGCUACUAUUGUAUAGUAAAGUAAGGAACAGGAUGCGCGUGUAAUUUCACAGCUAGGCCAGCAUUUCGCAACCUUUCUCUGCUAGUACCUCGCUCACCCACUGGUUGAACUGUAGUAAGAAGCUACGUUAUAUACGUUGUCUUGAGACAAGCUACCGUAGUAGGUGAUCAAACUAGACCAUUGUAUUUAGGAGCUUAUAAUUCGAGAUUAUAAAAAUCACAUCCUCUUAUAGAAGCUAAAUAUAUUGGCUAAAUAUUCCACUAUUUACAUCCUGGAUAGGUAUUUGUAUAAGAUCCUUGGAAAAUAUUUGGGUAAGACCUUGAAAAAUAUUUGUGUAACACUCUGAAUUAUCAAUAUGAACGAUAUAUUUUUUAUGAUAUAUAGAUAUUUGAAUGAUGCCUUUUAUAGAUAUUUGUGUAACUUUUAAAUAUACACUUGCUGCUUUUAAACUUCA